ACCACCAGACCCUGCUACACCAUUGCAACACCCCAGACACCACAGUAGCCAUGUAUGGACGAUGAACUGUCCAUCUGCAAACAGGGAUCGAAAAGCAAGCUGGAGCGGAGUCGGAUGAUAAAAGAGACUGGGGCAGCAUAGAAGCAUUACAUUUUGUGGUCAUAAUAGCCAGGAACAUGCAUGUCGCUGUAAUAGGAGCUGGAGUGAUUGGACUCUCCACUGCUCUAUGUAUUCAUGAACAGUAUGAACAUUCAGUACAUCCUCUCAAGAUUGAGGUGUAUGCAGACAAGUUUACGCCACUCACCACAAGUGAUGGAGCAGCAGGCUUUUGGCAGCCAUAUCUGUAUGACAAUGGAAACAAACAGGAGACGCAAUGGAACAAAGAAACGUUUGACUAUUUGCUAAAAUUUGUGCACUCUGCCGAAGCCCCAGACAUGGGGAUAUUUUUACAGUCUGGAUACAAUCUGCUGACGGAACCUGCACCUGAACCUUCAUGGAAAGAUGAUGUCCUUGGGUUUCGGCAUCUUACAGCAAAAGAAUUGGAAUUAUUCCCUGGAUAUAGCUAUGGGUGGUUCAACACUGCGCUGAUGAUUGAGGGGAAGAGCUACUUGCCAUGGCUUACCAAAAAACUAGAAGACCGAGGGGUCAGGUUUAUCCACAAGACAGUUAAAAGCUUUGGUGAGCUGGCGGCACUAGGGGCAGAUGUCAUUAUUAACUGUACAGGCAUGCGCUCAGGGCAGCUGCAGCCUGACCCAGAUCUAAAACCAGGAAGAGGACAGAUCCUGAAGGUCAUUGCUCCAUGGAUGAAACAUUUUAUAGUGACCCAUGAUCUGAAGACAGGAGUAUAUACCACACCUUAUAUCAUUCCAGGGUCUCAGAUGGUGACAUUGGGAGGUAUUUACCAGCUGGGGAACUGGAGUGAAGAGGAAGUGUCUACUGAUCAUGACUGGAUCUGGGAGAAUUGCUGUAAACUGGUACCUAGCCUAAAGAAGGCAAAGAUUGUACAUGACUGGGCAGGACUGAGACCAUCACGCAGCAAAGUAAGGCUGGAGAGAGAGCCAUUUGUGUCUGGAUCUAUUAGGAGUGAUAUCAUACACAACUAUGGACACGGAGGGUAUGGCCUCACUAUCCAUUGGGGCUGUGCUAAGGAAGCAGCCAAAAUCUUUGCACAAAUUGUUGGAGAAAAGAAAAAAAGUAUACCUAAAUCUUCUCUGUGAUCAUGAAUAGUCUGAACAAUUAUGACAAAGCCCAUGAGAUCUGUGAUAAUACUGAUGAACUGUAUAGAUACAGUGUUCCCUCACAUGACAAUAAUAAUUGGUUCCAGGAUGAUUAUUGUAUCUAUUGUAAACUAUAACUCUACAGAAAACUAGACAAUACUAAUAACAGGUUCUAAAGCCUCCAAAUUUUCAUAUCAAAAUAAGAAAAAAAGAAUUAAGGAGAAUAAGUAAAUAACUAACACAGAUAAAACAAGUCCUUACAUAGAAAAGUCAGGAAAAGCAGCUGGAAGCUGUAAAUCACUGUCUAUGUAGAGGACAGGAGCUUCUUCAGGGUACUGGAAAAAUAAACACCCAGUGUUCAAAGGAGCAGCUAACCCUGGCACAGGUACAGAGCAGUAUUGUACAUGUAGUUCUGUACAGUAAUGUAAAAAGGCACUUCUAGACAGCCACUCUGUAUCAACUUCAGUAAAACAGAUGUUUUACCAUUGAAAUGCCAACACUAACUGGUGAGAUAUUCCAGCCAUUAACGUGUGCUGCAUAUGCAGACUAUCCUGGCAUUGUAUGUUGAAUAUGGUUUUAAGUAACAAUGGUCCAAGAAAGACAGAUAUAUGUUGAAAAUAUUGUAACCUGAGGCCAUUGUAACUUAGGGGACCACGGUACUAAAAUAAAUAAAUAAAUAGCUUUGCUUGUUUUUUGAGAUGGAUGACUCUGUUGCUUCUCUACGGAUAGCACUUUAGUAUUCAGGUAGCACUUCAGAUACAACUUCUACUUCUGACUAGAAGGCUACUAUGGUGUUUGAGGGCAUUUUGCCCUCCCACCCCACCACCCC